UGAAAACUGAUUAUUGAGAAAAUAUAUGCAAAUAUUUAUACCAAACAUAUGCAAAUUUUAAACAACAAGAUUUAUGUGCAAAUCAUGUAAAAACAUGGAAAAUUGUUUAAGGUGUAAGUUUUGUUAAAUUAAUAAAUAAAAAAAAAAAAACAAGCAAAACAAACGACAUUUAAAGAAAAUCGAAAGAAAAAAUGGUUGUGCCAACAAUGGAUAGCUUACCGCGUGUUCCAGAUACUCACGGUGAUGUGAUCGACGAGAAAUUAUUCUGCGAUUUAUAUAUACGCACAACCUGGGUAGAUGCCCAAGUUGCUUUGAAUCAAAUCGAAAAGGGUAAAGCCCGCGGCAAUCGUACUUCAAUUUAUUUGCGUUCAGUAUUUCAAUCACACCUCGAAUCUCUGGGUAAUUCAGUACAAAAACAUGCGGGCAAAGUGUUAUUUGUUGCCAUUCUAGUGUUAAGUACAUUUUGCGUUGGCCUCAAAUCUGCUCAAAUACACUCGAAAGUUCACCAAUUAUGGAUACAAGAGGGCGGCAGGCUGGAAGCUGAAUUAGCCUAUACGCAAAGAACUAUUGGAGAAGCGGAAAGUUCAACGCAUCAAUUAUUAAUACAAACGGCUCAUGAUCCUAAUGCCUCGAUACUGCAUCCGCAAGCUUUGCUUACACAUCUCGAAGUUUUGAAAAAGGCUACCGCUGUUAAGAUACACAUGUUCGAUGCCGAUUGGAGUUUAAGGGAUAUGUGUAAUUCGCCAACUACGCCCAGUUUCGAAGGUCCUUAUUUCAUAGAACAAAUAUUUAAACAUUUAAUACCAUGUUCUAUAAUAACACCCCUGGAUUGUUUUUGGGAAGGAGGCCAGCUGCUAGGUCCUGAGUUUCCUGUGAAAAUACCUGGCAUUGAUACAAACAUUACUUGGAGCACUUUGAAUCCCUCUAGUCUUAUGCAAAAGAUGAAGAAACAAAUGAGCGAUCAGAAAAUCUCGUUUGAUUUCGGUACUAUGGAACAAUACAUGAAAAGAGCUGCUAUAACGUCUGGCUAUACUGAGAAACCCUGCUUGAAUCCUAAAGAUCCGCAUUGCCCGGAAACAGCUCCGAAUAAAAUGAGUAAACAACCCUUAGAUGUGGGCGCUAUACUGACCGGUGGCUGUUACGGUUUCGCUGCCAAGUAUAUGCACUGGCCUGAAGAGUUGAUUGUAGGCGGUGUGGUGCGCAACCGCACCGGGCAUUUACGAAAAGCUAAAGGUCUUCAGACAGUAGUCCAAUUAAUGACUGAAAAGGAAAUGUAUGACGUAUGGAACGAGCACUACAAAGUUCAUCAUAUUGCUUGGACGCAAGAAAAAGCUGCCGAAGUGCUAAAUGCCUGGCAAAGAAAUUUCACCAAAGAAGUGGAAAAGUUAAUGGAAAGCUCUCGCGUUUCUCACAAUUAUGAUGUCUAUGUUUUUUCCUCGGCCACCCUGGAUGAUAUACUUGAGAAAUUUUCUAAUCCCAGUCCUAUUAGUAUUGUUAUUGGCGUUAUAGCUACUGUGUUGUAUGCCUUUUUUACUUUGAUUCGUUGGCGCGAUCCGGUUAAAGGACAAAGUAGUGUAGGUGUGGCCGGAGUUCUGCUAAUGGGUUUUUCCACUGCGGCCGGCUUAGGCUUGUGUGCUAUACUGGGCAUUGUCUUCAACGCAGCCAGUACGCAAGUCGUGCCCUUUUUGGCUUUGGGUUUGGGAGUGGACCACAUUUUCAUGCUUACCGCUGCUUAUGCGGAAAGUAAUCGCAAAGAGCAAACUAAAUAUAUACUAAAAAAAGUUGGACCCAGCAUUUUAUUUAGUGCAUGCACCACCGCGGGAUCGUUUUUUGCUGCUGUCUUUAUACCAGUGCCAGCCUUGAAAGUUUUCUGCUUACAAGCGGCCGUAGUAAUGUGCUUUAAUUUGGCCGCUGCUUUGCUAGUAUUUCCGGCGAUGAUAUCUUUGGAUUUGAGAAGACGCACCGCAGGAAGAGCAGAUCUAUUUUGUUUAUGCUUUCCUAUAUGGAAGGAGAAAUCCACAUUAGCCGGAACAAUGAAUAACAAUUUGGCAACUUCUCAGUACACGAGCAGCAAUCGUUUACGCAACAUUACCACCAUGAUACCCAAAAAUUUAAACAACUCUAGAACACCUCCAAUGCCAAUGAGCAAUUCGGCAAAUGCUGAUGGAACUGCUGCCGCACAAGAGGAGGCGCUACUUAAUUGCUCUACUGAAAAGCGUUUGCCAUCGCUGUCAUUGGCUAAAUUUGCCUACAAAUACUACACACCGUUUAUUUUAAAAAGUUGGAUGAAGUUCCUAAUAACUGUUACUUUCAUAGGCACAGUGGUAUUCAGUUUAUUAGCCUCUACUAAGCUACAGGACGGCUUGGAUUUAAUCGAUGUGGUGCCUAAAGAAACGAAUGAGUACAAAUUCUUAAGCGCUCAGACUUCAAUGUUCGGUUUCUAUAGUAUGUACGCCGUUACUCAAGGAAAUUUUGAGUAUCCUAACAAUCAACGUUUAUUGCAUGAUUAUCAUGAGGCAUUUGUUCGCGUGCCACAUGUAAUUAAGAACGACAAUGGUGGUUUGCCAGAGUUUUGGUUGUCCUUAUUUCGCGAUUGGUUGCGAAAUCUGCAAAAGAUCUUCGAUCAUGAAUUCAAAGAUGGGCGACUAAAUCAAGAAGGCUGGUACGCAAAUGCCUCUAGUGAUGCUAUAUUGGCUUACAAGCUGUUGGUGCAAACAGGGUAUGUUGAUAAUCCUGUGGAUAAGAGUUUGGUAACACAGCACCGCUUAGUCGAUCAGGAUGGGAUAAUAAAUUCGAAAGCAUUCUAUAAUUAUUUGUCGGCCUGGGCAACAAACGAUGUCUUUGCUUAUGGAGCUUCGCAGGGAAAAUUACAUCCUGAGCCACGUCAGUAUUAUCACGAGCCCACUGAAUAUGACUUGAAAAUUCCGAAAAGUUUGCCACUGGUUUACGCACAGAUGCCUUUCUACUUGCACGGUCUCACCGAUACCUCAGAAAUUAAAUCAUUGAUCUCCCAUAUUCGCGAUUUAAGUGUACGUUUCGAAGCGCGAGGCCUACCAAAUUAUCCCUCAGGUAUACCCUUUAUUUUCUGGGAGCAAUAUAUGACGUUGCGUUCUUCCUUGGCUUUGAUAUUAUGCUGUUGCAUUUUGGCUGCUUUCAUGUUAGUCUCGAUACUAUUACUCUCCGUAUGGGCUGCUCUGCUUGUCGUCUUUAACGUCGUGGCUUCUUUGGCACAAGUUUUCGGCGCUAUGACUUUGUUGGGGAUUAAAUUGUCAGCUCUACCUGCUGUUAUACUCAUAUUAAGUGUGGGCAUGAUAGUAUGCUUUACUGUGAAUAUAUCCUUGGGCUUCAUGACUUCGGUUGGAAAUCGCGAACGUCGCAUUCUCUUGUCUAUGCAAGUCUCUAUGGGCCCCUUAACGCACAGCAUUUUAACAUCGACUCUCGCUGUACUCAUGCUGUCUACUUCGCCCUUUGAAUUUGUUAUAAGGCAUUUCUUUUGGUUACUUCUCAUUGUUUUGAGUGUUGGUGCUUUUAAUAGCCUCGUGGUCUUUCCUAUAAUACUAAGCAUGAUAGGGCCUGAAGCUGAACUCGUACCCCUUGAAUAUCCCGAUCGUAUAUCCACACCCUCGCCAGUACUAACGCGCAGUAAUAAACGUGUUAAUAAAACCGUGGUAGUUCAUGGAGGCUCAUCGUCUCGCUCCUCAACGCGUUCUUGCCAGAAACCUCAUUAUCAUUCUAAAGAUAUUAAUGUUAACAAUCCUUCUUUAACCACCAUCACCGAAGAACCACCCUCUUGGAAAUCGUCAUCGUCUUCCAUACAAAUGAAUAAUGAAUGGAUACAUAACGGCGGAAGCGGAGGUGGGAUAGGACAACAAGCAACCCAUUAUAGUAACAAUCUUAACUACGGAACAAAUAUGAAUAAUUGCCGCUAUCAGCAUUCAACACCAUCGCAAGCAAUGCAUCAAAAUAUGCACUAUAAUCAGCCGUUAUACAGUACAAACGGAUUACAUCCGCCUACAACGCUACCGCAAUGUCAAGCACAUCAUCCGCUUAAUAAUAUAACAUCGCAUAUAGCGCAGCCGCCACAAUCGACAACAUCACAAAUCAGUUCCCAGCAGCAACAGACAUCAACGUCGCAGGAAUCACAAACGAAUAAAAACGUAAAUACCUUUCCACCAGAAUUGCAAAGUAUCGUUGUACAACCGGAAGUCACGGUCGAAACACAUCAUUCAGAUUCAAAUACCACGAAAGUAACGGCCACUGCCAAUAUUAAAGUCGAAUUGGUAACUCCUGGUCGAGCAGUGCGCAGUUAUAAUUUUACAAGUUAGCCGUAAACUGCUUCUCAGCUCCUAAUUUCCCCUAUCUACCCGCCUAAUUAAUUAGAUAAGUUAAUUAAAUCGAUUAAACGCUAAUGUUAUUAUCUUCACUUCUACCCCAAACAAGCAAGUAUUGAAUAUUUGUGAAUAGUAUAUUUGUAGUAGACCUGAUUUUAAGCCAAAAUGAGUUAAUAACGAAAAAUAAGAUCACGUGAAAAAACUAUAAACACACUCU